AGGCCGGAGCGCGGUUGUGUGGGCAGUACGGCUGCUGGAAUAUCCUUGUCACGUACAGAAAAUAGUUACUGCAGUAAUACCAUGUGUGAGCAGAAGCCCAAAGGCACGUUCGCGACUUAUAUGCACGCGGGCGACCAGUUCUUCUACAAAGGGGAAUAUGUGAAAGCCAUUAAGACAUACACUAAGGCUUUGACGUUGCAGCCGAACGAUAAAAAUUCUUUGGUAGCCAGAUCCAAGUGCUACGUGAUGUUGGGGGAUUCGCAGAACGCUCUGAAGGAUGCUGAAGCGUCUCUUAAAGACGACAGAGACUUUUUUAAGGGUCUUUAUCAGAAGGCAGAGGCUUUGUACACUAUGGGAAACUUUGAAUUUGCCCUAGUUUAUUACCACCGGGGACACAAGCUGCGGCCAGAGCUCCAGCAGUUCAGACUGGGCAUUCAGAAGGCCCAGGAGGCCAUUGAAAACUCCAUCGGCAGUCCCUCAUCUGUGAAGCUCGAGAACACAGGAGAUCUGUCCACGUUUCGUGACACAGACGAGGGCAACAGCCGGACCAGGGCGCUGAAGGGGCUGGGCCGACCCACAAAGAAGGAGCGGAAGCCGCAGAGCCAGAAGAGCCCCAAGUAUGAGAAGAUAACCAAGCAGCUGCUGGGGGAGAUCUACAGCGACAAGGAGUUCCUGGAGAAGCUGCUCAAGGAGCAAGACCUGGUGAAGGCGAAGAUGCAGAAUGGGGAGAAGCUGGAGGACGUCAUCCUCGACUGCAUCACCUACCUGGACAUGCGCACUGAGUUCUGGAGGCAGCAGAAGCCCAUGUAUGCGCGGGAGAGGAACCACAGGAUCAAUCGGCAGAAGUGGGGCAGGAACCAGCCGAGCUCGGCCCUGGACCCAGCCAGUUUUGCCCUGCUCAGCCUCGAGGAGAUCGACACAGCUCUGGCUUCAGGCAACACAGGGGGCAGCCUCAAGAAGGCCCGUGAGGUCCUGAAGGUGGUCCAGGGCUGGUCGGAAGAGGCGGUGCCCAACAAGACAGAGGUGUUGGGUAACCUCUACAGCUGCAUCGGGAAUGCCUUGAUCGAGAUGGGCGAGAUGGAGAAAGCCCUGGAGAGCCAUCAGAAAGACCUGCACCUUGCCAGAGAGGGGAAACUUAGGGAUGCCAAGUCGAGGGCUCUGGACAACAUUGGUAGAGUGUAUGCCCGAAUUGGGAAGUUUCCACAAGCCAUUCAGGCGUGGGAGGAGAAAAUCCCUUUGGCCCAGAGUGGUCUCGAAAGGGCCUGGCUGUUCCACGAGAUCGGCCGCUGCUACCUGGAGCUCAAGCGGUACGCGGAGGCCCGCGACUAUGGCGUUCGCUCGCUGGCCGCGGCGGACGAGAUCAGCGACUCGAAGUGGCAGCUGAACGCCAGCGUGCUUGUGGCACAGUCUGAGGUGAAGCUGGGCCGGUACAGGUCUGGCGUGGCGCACUUCGAGAAAGCUCUGGAGCAAGCCAGGCUGCUGCACGACGAGCCUGCCGCGGGUGCCAUCCACAAGGCUCUCGAGGAGGCGAGGCGCAAUCUGGCUGAUUCUGACUGAAUCUUGUGCUUGAAGCACAAGGUCGGAAGACGAUGGAGGAAACCUCAGCAAUGCAGUGAUCCCGGCGCCCGUUUCAUUUGUGUGUCGUCAAGUCAUUCAAACCAGACAAGGGUUAGAGGGUCAUACGAGGAAACAUAACAGAACAGGAUGUGUUCAGUAUUACUGAUGAAUUCAGUAAUUGAUUAAUUCACUCUGUGUUAUAUAGAUGUACACCGUUUUGAGUCGUACAAAACUUCGGGACAAACUUUGCAGCAAAAUGUGUGGAAAGUGUUACCUCAAUACCGAUUAUGUGGGAAGUUCCCUUUUCAACUGGAGGAGGAGUUUCUAAAGUGGAUGUAAUA